UAGUACGUUUUGAGUCAAAUAUUUUUUGCAUGACUUUGGUUGCCAUAGCCAGUCGAAAAUAUUUAUUUAAUACUUAAUUAAUGUCUGAGAUAUAGUACUUUGAGGUGAAAUAUUAUACGUAUUUUCUUGAAAAAGACGUUUAAAACAUUAGAUUUUAUAUUCUUACGCCUAUGUCACCGGUCAGUCGCGCAGUCGUGUUUACACAGUGCGUGCGAGUGUUACGUCAAAAAGGUUUUGUUCAUACCUACGACUUGUGCGAAGAUAAUGUAGUUUGAAGACGGAGAAGUUUAGUGAAGUUAGUGCCAUCGCAAAGUUUCUGCCCGGUCGAACUUGAUGCCAUUGCUGCGGCACGCCUGACGCCGCAACCCAAGACACAGCGAUGACAAUAGCCACCAGAGGCCAGGGCCUGCCCGUCGACCCCCCGGACGGACAGUCCGCCAUGACCCAGCCCACGUCGAUGGUGAUGCCGGGCGACGCCGGCUCGGGAGUCCACCAGGCGGACUCGGGGGUGUUCUCGGAGGCGCCCACGGAGCAGGCGUCGCCGACGGGCGAGCCGCCCGAGGGGGAGGAGGGCGGGGGCAGCGAGCCGGACUUCCCGCGCGACAAGCUGGCCAUGCUGGACGAGAAGAUCUCGAGCCCGCGCUGGGUGGUGCCCGUGCUGCCGGAGCAGGAGCUGGAGGCGCUGCUCCUGGCCGCCAUCGACCUCUGCAGGAAGGGUUUGGACAUACACAGUGAGGCGUGCCAGCGGUUCUUCAGAGAGGGCCUCACCAUUUCCUUCACCAAGAUCCUGACGGACGACGCGGUGAACAGUUGGAAGUACAACAUCCACUUGUGCAUCUACCAGAACUGCGAGCGGCUGGUAGACCUGUGCGUCGUGAAGCUGUCCCAGGAUUGGUUCCCGCUCCUCGACUUGCUGGCCAUGCUUUUCAACCCAAACAACAAAUUUCACACUUUCAACAGCGCCAGGCCAUCAGAAACAGUUCCUCCUGGAUCCAACAUUGCAGAUGAAGAUAUCUUUGCCAGGCCACCACCCGAUUCUCGGACCCCCCGGGGCUGGCUUGUCGACCUGAUAAACAGGUUCGGAAGUUCAGGUGGAUUUCAAAUUCUAUUGGAGCGUUUUCAGAGUGGAAAGAAUUUAACAGUAACAGUAAUAUUCGCUCUGAUUCGCCCAUUUGGUCUUUGCUAUGAGCUGCUGACAGUCCACACAAUCAUCAAAUACCUCAUGCCGAUAAUUGAAAUGGUGCCAGGAAUACUCGAUAACCUGACGGACGAUGAGUUGAAGAAGGAAGCGAAGAACGAGUCGAAGAAUGACGCCGUCUCUGCAAUCAUCAAGGCUUGCAAGUGCCUCCUGUCCCGGAUACCGAAGCAAGAGGAGAUGGUGAAGAACCUGGAGAUCUUCAGGCUGAAGAUGAUUCUGAGGUUGCUGCAGAUCUCCUCGUUCAACGGCAAGAUGAACGCACUGAACGAAGUGAACAAAGUAAUAGCCAGUGUGACGUACUACCCUCACCGGCAUGCUGGCCUCGAGGAGGAAGAGUGGCUUACGGCCGAGCGCAUGGCGAAGUGGAUCAAGGACAACCGGGUGCUGCAGAUAGUGCUGCGCGACUCCCUGCACCAGCCCCAGUACGUGGAGAAGCUGGAGAAGAUCCUGCGCUUCGUGAUCAAGGAGCGCGCGCUCACGCUGGAGGACCUGGACAACGUGUGGGCCGCGCAGGCGGGCAAGCACGAGGCCAUCGUCAAGAACGUGCACGACCUGCUGGCCAAGCUGGCCUGGGACUUCUCCCCCGAGCAGCUUGACCACCUGUUCGAGUGCUUCCAGGCUAGUUGGACGAAUGCAAAUAAAAAACAGAGAGAAAAGUUGUUGGAAUUAAUACGACGUCUUGCAGAAGAUGACAAAGAUGGAGUGAUGGCGCACAAGGUACUGACGCUGUUCUGGAACCUGGCGCACUCGGACGACGUGCCGACGGAGAUCAUGGACCAGGCCCUCACGGCCCACGUCAAGAUCCUGGACUACAGCUGCGCCCAGGAGCGGGACGCCCAGAAGACGGUGUGGCUGGACAACUGCGUGGAGGAGCUGAAGUCGGGCGACAACUGGGUGCUGCCGGCGCUCAAGCAGAUCCGCGAGAUCUGCUGCCUGUACGAGCCGUCCCCGAACAUGAACCACAGCCAGCGCACCCACCACGUGUACUAUAGGCAAGAAGUUAUAGAACGGUUACAAACUCAACAUAGCUUAGUUGUAUUAGUUACUAACAAUUUGACGGCAUACAUGGAUAAAAUUAGACAAAUGGCUAAAGAUGAUCCCAGUUUAGAUCCAAAUAAUUUUUACCCAGACAACAGGUAUAACCACAUUCAGCAAGUGCACGAGAGGUUAAAUUUCUUGAGGUUUCUUUUAAAGUUCCCCGUGUCCCAGGACGGCCAGCUGUGGCUGUGCGCGGACCAGGCCAAGCAGAUCUGGCGCUGCCUGGCGGAGGACGCCGUGUUCCCCUCGGACAGGGAGGCGUGCUUCAAGUGGUUCUCCAAGCUGAUGGGGGAGGAGCCCGACCUGGACCCCGCCAUCAACAAGGACUUCUUCGAGAACAACAUCCUGCAGCUGGACCCCACGCUGCUCACCGAGAGCGGCAUGAAGUGUUUUGAAAGAUUUUUCAAGGCAGUGAAUUCCAAAGAGGGUAAAUUAAAAGCAAAACGAAGAGCCUUUUUAAUGGAUGAUGUUGACUUAAUAGGAACUGAAUAUCUUUGGCGGGUGAUCACGAACAGCGGGGAGGAGAUUGCCAGCCGGGCGAUAGAGCUGCUGAAGGAGGUCAACACGAACCUGGGCCCCCGGCUGCAGUCGUCGCUGCUGGAGUUCCACGAGUCGUUCGUGUCGGAGUGCCUGGACCGCCUGCGCGCGCACUACGACACGGUGUCCGUGCUGCGCGAGGAGGGCUGCAAGGACGCCGACCUGCCGGGCGGGACGGCCAACCGGCUGCGCGCCGAGGCCGUCAAGAUGUGCCGGGUCAUGAAGGUGCUGCAGGAGUACAUCGGGGAGUGCGACGGCGACUUCGCGGGCGAGCGCAAGAUCCUGCCCCUGCACAGGGCGUGUCGCGGGAAGAACCUGUCGCUGAUCGUGCGGUUCAACAACCCCGGGCGGCCGGUGGACGACAUCGAGGUGUUCACGCACAGCAACGACACGCUGGCGUCGCUGCGCAGGCAGGUGCUGCGACGCAUCAAGGCCAGCAGCGCCAGCGUCAAGCUCGACCUCUUCGUGAACGGCGAUCUGCUCGACCCGGUCGACGACAAGAAGCUGCUGAAGCUGCUGUCCCACGUCCCGCUGCGGGACAAGAUGUUGCUGACGGCCAAGCUGUCGCAGGUGAACGCCAACAUGCCCAGCUCGCCCGACAGCAGCUCCGACAGCUCCACCAGCUCUCCGCAGCACCUGUACGACAGCCCCAACGUGGAGGCGGAGAACAGCCUGCCCGGCGUGCUGAUGUCGCAGAGGGCGCCCUACGCCCAGUUCUUCUUCCAGCUGGCGGACCUGGGCUGCAGCCUGCAGUACGCCCCGCUUCGCGACGGGGCGCGCAUGCUGCUGUGGCUGGUGCCCCCCGACAGCCACACCGUCGAGUGCUUGCAGGACCUGUUCCGCCAGCGGGCGCACGGGCUGGACCUCGCCUCCCCGGGGCAGGACGGCCCCAGUGGCGCCGUCCCGCCCGUCUCCGUCGAGUCCCUCUUCUUCGGGCCGUCGCCCUCCCAGGUCCUCUACAACCUCGUGGUGAUGUAUGCCUUGUUGAUGCCUGCGUUGGAUCCCUUGUCAGAGAAAGCGUUUGAGUUUCAGUACAACUUCAUUAGAAGCGGGGAUGCACCGAUUAUACUUGACAUGCUCACCAAGAAUAACUUUCUGCCCAAUGCUGACGUGGCCACAAAGAGGUCGGCGUACCUGACGGUGCUGAAGAUGUGCAAGCUGCUGCUGACGGUGAUCGGGCACGUGAUGGCCCGCGUGGUGGUCGAGGACCCCCAGGGCUCGGCCCUGCUGCGGAGCGCCGAGGGGGGCGUGCUGGACCCGGGGGCGGGGGCGGGCCUGCCCCGCGCGCCGGCCGCCGUGCUGCGCCAGGCCCUGCACAGCAUCCCCAGCCAGAGCACCGAGUACAUGCUGCGCAACGUGGCGCUCAAGCUGGCGUCCGGCCUGGCCGACCAGGUGCUGCUGAAGAACCAGGAGGGGGAGCGGUCGCGCGGCAUGUUCGUGCAGGCGCUGUCCUGGGAGCUGCCCAACGUCACGACGAUCCGGGCGAUCGUGCGGCUGGGGUGGGCGGCGGGCUGCGGCGGACUGCACCUGCUCAACGCCACCUCCGAGGAGCUGCACCGCAUGUACGACAGCGGCUCCGCCCACGUCCCGGACAACGAGGACGUCCUGGUGUGCAGAGAAGCAUUAGAAGUGCUCACAGUUGCUCUAGUCCUGAACCCAAAGACACUGGAAACCUUGACUAAGGACAAAAUGUGGCACAUGUUCAUCAUAGACUUGCUGCUACUCUGCAGGAACAGGUCGGUGCGGAUAACGGCAGCGGAGCAGUUCCUGCUGAUCUCAACGUGGUGCAGCGCGUCGCAGCAGCCGCUGCAGUUCUGCAUCACGCUGCUGUUCACCGUGCUGAACAGCACGGUGGUGGAGAAUGCUCGGAACUCGCACGAGUACUUCCAGUUGCUGUGCCGCCUCAUCAACUACGCGGCGGCCGCGUCCUGCCCGCUCCCCACCGCCGAGACGCUGCUCAACAACGAGGUCGUCUGGCUCAAGAAAGUCAGGGAGAACGUGAAGGAGACGGGAGACAGCCUGGUGGAUGAAGCAGUCCUGGAAGGCCAUCUCGGCAUUGCCAAGGAGCUUCUGGCGUUCAUGAUCUCGGAGAAGAAGUACGACCUGGGUUCCAACGAGAGGAAGGGCAUCAACCUAGUCAGGGAGCUGGUGGACGACUUCAUCUUCCCGGCGUCGCGCCUGAUGCUGCACCUGCAGCGGACCGGGGAGCUGAGCGCGGACCAGGCCAUCCCCGUGUGCGUCGCCCCCAACAUCAUCAGCGCUGCCUUCGACCUGCUGGUGGCGCUGUGCCUGGGCUGCGUGCCCAACAUGAAGCUGCUGGUGCACCGCCUGUCCGACAUGUUCUAUUCAGACAGGGAUGAGCCCUUGGAGGAGUGGGACUACCUGCCGCCGGUGGGGCCGCGCCCGCCCAAGGGCUUCGUGGGGCUGAAGAACGCGGGCGCCACCUGCUACAUGAACUCGGUGCUGCAGCAGCUGUACAUGGUGGAGAGCAUCCGCGUGGGGCUGCUGGCAGCGGAGGGAGCCACCACGGACCUGGAGGAGGACUUCAGCGGGGAGGAGCGGCCCGAAGGGGAGGGUAACCUGGACGGGUUGGAUCAAGACUGCAGCGAAGAGAAGAGUGGAGCGGAGGAAUCUCGCAAGGAGUACAACAUUGGCAUCUUGAAGCAGGUGCAAGCAAUAUUCGGCCACCUGGCGUACAGCAAGUUGCAGUACUACGUCCCGCGGGGCCUCUGGAAACAUUUCAAGCUGCAGGGGGAACCGGUGAACCUCCGUGAGCAGCAGGAUGCCGUGGAGUUCUUCAUGAGCCUGGUGGAGAGCAUAGACGAGGCCCUGAAGGCGCUCGGGCAGGAGCAGAUCAUGAGCAAGAUCCUCGGCGGCUCCUACUCCGACCAGAAGAUCUGCAAGGGUUGCCCGCACAGGUACUCCAAGGAGGAGCCGUUCAGCGUGAUCAGCGUGGACAUCCGCAACCAGAGCAACCUGCUGGACUCCUUGGAGCAGUACGUGAAGGGCGAGCUGCUGGAAGGGGCGGACGCCUACCACUGCGAGAAGUGCAACAAGAAAGUAGUGACAGUGAAGCGGUUGUGCGUCAAAAAGUUACCUCCCAUACUCGCCAUACAGCUCAAGAGGUUCGAGUAUGACUUUGAAAGAGUGUGUGCCAUGAAGUUCAAUGACUAUUUUGAGUUUCCUCGGGACUUGGACAUGGAUCCGUACACAGUUUCAGGCUUGGCGAAGCUAGAAGGAGAAAUGAUUGACUGUGAUUACGACGAGACGUCGAAGGACUCGUGCACCAGGUAUCAGCUCUCCGGAAUCGUGGUACAUAGCGGACAGGCCAGCGGCGGCCAUUACUUUUCGUACAUCCUCCACAGGCAAAGCGACGGCACGGCCAGGUGGUACAAGUUUGACGAUGGUGAUGUGAGCGAAUGCAAGAUGGACGACGACGAGGAAAUGAAGACUCAGUGCUACGGGGGUGACUACAUGGGCGAGACUGUCUUUCAGGUUUUUGAUCACAUGUUGAAACGAAUGAGUUACCGUCGACAGAAGAGGUGGUGGAAUGCUUACAUGCUGUUUUACACCAGGCUAGACGUUGAGGAGAACGCGUUAGUGAAAAGCCUCAACGAGAUGUCGUUAUCGGACUCCAAGUUGGGGAUAAUGAAGAUGCCCCCUGUGAUUGAGAGGAGUGUUCGGAAGCAGAAUAUCAAGUUCAUGCACAAUCGUAACCAAUUUUCAGCGGAGUAUUUCCAGUUCAUUAGGAAGCUCGUAUCGUGUAAUAGUCCGCCUGUUAACCGACAACACAUCUCGGAAAAGGUGAGCCAGGAAGUGGAGGAGCUGUCGAUGCUGAGCACGCAGUUGGCCGCUCGCUUCCUCUUCCACACCGGCUUCCACACGAAGAAGACGCUCCGCGGGGCCGCGCUCGACUGGUACGAGGUCCUGUGCCUGCACCUUCGCUGGUCGAAAGCCGUGCGCAGCUGGUUCGCCCACAACAUCCUGUUCCAGCAUCCGCACAGGUUCUGCGAGUACCUGCUCACGUGCCCCAGCAACGAGGUGAGGUCGGCGUUCAUGAAGAUCAUCGUGUGCCUUGCCCACUUCUCGCUCGGCGACGGGCCGUGCCCCCCUCCCAUGGUCGAUGCACGAAUCAUCAUGCUGGACCCGCAGGCCACGCUCAGCGACCACCUGCUCCACACCGUGCUGCUGCUGCUCCACAAGGAGGUGGCCGAGAACGGCCGACACCUGCCCCACUACUUCACCCUCUUCCAGAACUAUGCCUCGCUCGGCGUCGAGGAGAAGACCCAGCUGCUGAAGCUGAACGUGCCGGCGACGUUCAUGCUGGUGGCGCUGGACGAGGGGCCCGGACCACCCAUCAAGUACCAGUACCCCGAGCUCACCAAGCUGCACCAGGUGGUGUCCCAGCUCAUCCGCUGCUGCGACGUCAGUGCCAAGGCCCAAUCCUCGCACAUGCAGCAGGGGGCGAGUCCUUUGCCAAACCCAUAUGGAGAUCCCUCGUGUCCUGACUACAUCAUGCCAAUACAGCCCCAAGCUGCGGAGAUUUUGUUUGGAAGAACCAGCUACAUCAAGAAGAUGAUCGAGGACUCGAACCUGUCAGAGGACACGGUGAAGCUGCUGCAGUUCUGCAGCUGGGAGAACCCGCACUUCUCGCGCACGGUGCUGAGCGAGCUGCUGUGGCAGAUCGCGUACGCCUACUGCCACGAGCUGCGGCACCACAUGGACCUGCUCCUGGCGAUGCUGCUGGUCGAGGACUCCUGGCAGACGCACCGCAUCCACAACGCCCUCAAAGGCGUGCCGGAGGAGCGGGAAGGUCUGUUCGACACGAUCCAGCGCAGCAAGAACCACUACCAGAAGAGGGCGUACCAGUGCAUCAAGUGCAUGGUGGCGCUGUUCACCAAGUGCCGCGCCGCGCAGCAGAUGCUGAGCUCCAACAGCGAGCUGAAGGCCAAGUGGACGAUGGCCGUCGAGUGGCUCCAGGACGAGCUGGACAGGAGGCCUUAUGCACCAAACACACAGUACAGUUACAACAGCUGGUCUCCUCCGGCGCAGUCCAAUGAGUCGACAAAUGGCUACUUCCUGGAGAGGUCGAACAGUGCCAGGAAAACGCUAGAGAGGGCAUGCGAGUUGUGUCCAGAAGAAUGUGUGUCGCGCUGCCCGCAGGAGCCGGAAGGGGGCGAGGAGGUGUCCGAGGAGAGCGAGAGUCCCCAGGCGGAGGACCAGCAGCAGGCCCCGCCCCCCCUCCCGCAGCAGAGGCCGGUCCCGUACGUGCACGCCAACAGCACGGCUGGCGCGCCCGUCAAGAGGCUGCUUCCUGCUGGCCCGGGGUGCCCCGUCCCUGCAGGGAACUGUCUGCAGACGGAGCAGGUCGGCAGCGAGCCGCUGGACGAAGCUUUGCCCCUGGACGCAGGGAACGGAGUGGCGUUGCCCAGCCUGCCCCCGGAGCAGCCCCCCUCCUACCACUAGUCCCGCCCCGAGGGACCACCGUCGAGGCAGGCCUCGGAGGGCCGGCCUCCCGCAAACCUCCGUCGGGCACCUUCUCUUGCAACCAAAAUAUUUAUUACAGCUUAGACCGGCAUGUUUUAAAUACAUGUGUACAGUUGUACAGGAAUUGGAUUCACACUUGUAUUUAUUUAUUUUGUCGCAUGUGUUUAAUAAAUUAGUGUUUGCUUUUAAUGAUUUCCAAAUAAACGUGUGUGUGAAAAAAAAGAUAUAACCAUUUUCCUUUUGUUUUUUGUAGCUUGAUUUUUUUUCUUUCUUGAACUUGCAUUUUGUUCUAAAUAAUAAUUUUAACACAUCUGCUGCUCAAAGUUUUUUUUUUGCAUUUUCUGUUACUUGAAGUACUUGGGCCCUGAUGGUUGGUAAACGUUACUCGUUUUUCUUCGAAUCGAUUCACCAUCUUGGUACAUGUUCUAGUUUGAUUUCAUCACAGUUCAUCUUAGAGCUGUAUAAGCAUGCGAGCUCACAAAUUCAAGCUAGAGUAGCCAUUUAAUGUAUACCCUUAAAUUUAAAUACAUGCAAAUUUUAGCACUAUUACUAUUUAAUUAAAUUGUUUCAGAUUUGUGCCAUUAUGAAAGCAUCAAUUCAGAAUGUCUUUAUAAAUCAAAUGUUACUUGUGAAGGAUGAAAUUUCAUUAAAUAAAGAAAGAAAUUCUAUCAUUUUGUUGCAAAACAGAAUUUGACUUGUGGCCACAAAAAAUAUUAUUUAAACGUUUAGGAGUUGUGCUUAUCUUUUGCUUUAUGAACUUAAAAACGUUCUGUAAAUUGCAUUUGUCCAGGAUUGGUUUUCCCUGAACUUUGUUGACAAUAAUAGUGCCUAAAUAACUUCAAACUUCAAGGCUGAUGUUUGAUGAUUUUUAUUAGGUUUGCGAGUGGUUUACUUUAUGUUCGGCGUGUGCAACAAGCAAAUGUUUGGACUUCUGUUGGUUGUUGUGUAAAUGGUUCUGUCGCGUUUGCACCUUUAAUGGCGUGGUAAUUUUUUUUUUGUGGUCUAGGUCAACUUUAUAAAAGACUUGUUAAACAAUUGUAUGUUGAAUUUUAUGUAUAGCAAGAGACUUGUAUAUAACAAUGACAUUGCUUCAAAGCAAUGCGAUGGACCGCUGAAGAAUAAUACACGAUUGUUGUAGAACAUUUUGAUUGUGAACGUUGGAACUUAUUCUUCAUAGUCUGCUCUUGUACUCAUGUAAACUUUUGUUUUUUAAAGGAUUGUAUUUAUGUUUGUUUUUAUUUUGAAAAGGAACAGUAUGUACAGUAUAUAUAAAUAGAUGUAUGUAUUGGAUGUGGUGAUUCAUUAUUGUACAUUUACGUUAAGAGAAUUGCCACACCUACGUCUUAUGCUCAUUGUAUUGUUCCUUCGUUAAAUGCCACAGGAAUGUUUGAUGCUAUUAUUUAAAAUAGGUGUACAGUAGAUAAUUUUAUAAAAAAUAUUUUGUUGCAUUCCGUUUAUCUUUUUUUCUUUUUGUUUUGUUCCUUCAUUUAAUGGACUUUCCUUUUAUGCUGUUAAGGCAGCACAAUUGGGUGAUAUAUAUUUGCAUUAAAUUCUUUUUAAUAUUUUAAAGUGAAGCGUAGCAUUAAUUCUUUAUUCCAAAUGCUGGAUAAACACUCCAUACGCAAUUAAGGUUAGCGAUGGCUAAUUUGCAUUUCAGUGCAAUAUGUUUCCCCUUAACUUGUUUAUUAGUACUUUUAUAAUUUAUUUCCUGUACAAUUCUAAUCAUUUUGUAAUAUAACUCAAUAUGUACCCAUACUUACAAACUAUCAGCCAAAGUAUUUGUAAAGAAACCUAAAGUUUGCACGUGCAAACUAGAAAACUAAUGGAUUUGCACCGGCUUGGAUUCAUGGAUUCAGCAUGUCUAUCCAGCACGUUUAAGAUGAGACAUGCAUGUGAUGUGUGAGAGAGAUAACCUGCCUGUGAUUAUUUAUGCUUUUUCUAUGUUGCAGAAGAUAGUCUUUUUAAGAAGGUGUGUGACAUAGUUAAACUGUUUUAUAAUGAUUAAUCCAUGAUAAAUAUUCAAAGCUGUCUAGUUUUGUGGGUUUUUUUUCCAGUUUGAUUUUCUGAAUUAUAAUCAAUUUAAUUUAAAUGUUAGGCAUUAACUUCUUUUUAUCAUUUACAGGAAUACAAUAAAGUAAAACUUUUGAACUAUUUAAUAUUAACUUGCAACAGUAAUAAUGUUUACUGUGCUGUGUUACUUUGUCAGUUGCUAUUGAUUCUUGGGAUUUUACUGUGUUAUGUAUAAAAAAAUUUGUACAGUGCCAGAAUUUUUUUUUUGUUGUGCAAACAAGUCCUUUUUUCUACUUUGUCGCUCCAAGAUAAGUGGAAAUACAAAAUUAAGUUCUGAA